GGAAAGACAAGUGCUUUUCCCAUUGUUUCUUUCACCUCUCAAGUGAUUCUCGAUCGAUUUCAUUGAAUUUUUAAUGCGAAUGUGAAAUAUCAGGUCGUCCAUUCGUGUAUAUAAUAAGAUAUUACUUGUGAGGCUUGUGCUUCGAGGACAUUUACUGACACCGCUAAAAUUGUGCUCCACGUGCUUGCUCAGCAAUCCAGAGACAGAUGACUUGGCUGUAUUCCUCCAGAGUCUCCACUUAGAGGCCACCGAGAUGCUCGUUUUGGCCACACUUUUAGCCAUCUAUGUCGUUAUUGUUGGUUCCUACUCAUCAUAUGCUCCUGAGAAUAUUACGGUGACCUUUAUCAAUCCAACUUCAGUUCGUGUCUCUUGGCAAACAUCGCUCAACUACAACAGCUCGAAGCCCAUUCAGAAAUAUGAUGUUACAUACAAACCGACUGAUGCCAGUUACAGGGUUGUGGCCGAAGUCGCAGGAAAUAGUGAAGCAGUUACACUCAUCAAUUUGUUGCCAGACACACAAUAUCAACUCACUGUCGCGGCACUUUUCAACGGAAAAAAAUUCAGGAGUCGACCGAUAGUAUUUCGCACAUUGGAACCACCAAAGUCGUCAGCACAUCAGGGAUCGGGUAUCGCGGGGGGCCCAUUUAACGCAAUAGGCCCUCCGAUGUCAUCCCAGGGAUUCCCAGAUGCCAACUAUCCCAUGAUUGGGACGUAUGAUGAGUUUGGCAAUCUAACAAAUAAUUCUACUACAAGAGAACUUCCAACGAUUCGUGGAGUUGAGGUGGGCAUUGUAGUGUUAGUGCUGUUUGUCUGGGCUGGAGCUAUAGCUCUGUUCUUCAAUCGAUGGGGUAAAAUCCGUAUGCUGCUUCCAUAUCAACCUGAUUAUAAGCAGGAGCAGGGCCUCAAAGUACCCGGAACGGGUGUUUGUUCUUCAGGCGCCUGCAACGGACAACAUUCUCAUCAGUCGUAUUUCCGACAACAUUGGCCCGAGGAGCAAUCCACGGUGAUUGAGGAUCGGUGCACAAGAAAUAGGAUUAAUUCGGCGAUUUUUGUGUCGUCGGAGGGAAAAGGAUUUGACUCAAUUGAAUUCUUGAGGCGAUACGGCUCCCAGAGUGUUCUCUGCCGGAAGGCUCGCAGUGCUGAGAACAUUACUUCGGCGGAUCAGAGGGUGAGUCUUCAUUCCAAAAUUCGUCGACUGUCUGAGCAUCAGAACUGGAAUUCGAGCCUACGGGAGCAGGAUAACUCCUUGAAUGAGACGUUCGAAUUGGUGGAAUGCCAUACACCCCAGAUUGAAGAACAAGCCACAGAGACAGCAACUUCCGUGGUUGUUUCCGUGUCGGCUGUUCCCUCAAUCAGUGGCGAAUUUACCACUACAACAGCCAAUAAUGCAGCUGCUCAAAUGUCCCAGAAGACACGGCAGAAGGUUACAAACUUACCUACAUUGUCCAUUUCGGGACCAUCGCCACCCCAUGAGGAAUUCCUCUAGGAGGAUUGUUCCACAGUAAACAGCCAACACCAUAUCAACUAUAAUAUCGUUCCGGGAUGAUGUUCACGGGAAAUACAUAGCACAACUUUCAGUGCAAUUAGCACGCGAAAUCCAUCGAAUUUUAACUUUAUCAAGAAGGAUAAUUUAGUUUAUCGGAAGUUCAGUUGAAGAUGGUAUUGCAUUGAGGAAUGCUUUCGGAUACUCAAUGGUGAGAUUUCCACAUAUUAUUGAUUCCAAUUUAUCUUUCUAUAAAUUAAAUUAAUUGGUAAUC